CUGCCGAGCUGAAGUUGAGAUCAGUCUCUCUGUUUCUCUCUAAAGAAAGACUCAAGAGUACGUCAGAUCUUUUUCCGCAGCCUAGAAGUGUCUCUGACAAACACUGUGUGUAGAUAUGGCUGAAGCUAGUUGUCGACUGACUGAAGAUCAGUUUCUGUGCUCCAUCUGUCUGGAUGUGUUCACUGAUCCUGUCACAACAUCAUGUGGACACAACUUCUGCAGAAACUGCAUCACUGAACACUGUAAUACCAAUGACCAGUACCUGUGUCCGAUGUGUAAAAAUGUUUUCAACACAAAGCCUGAGCUGCUCAUCAACACUUUCAUCUCUGAGAUGGUUGCUCAGUUCAGACAGUCAGCUCAACAGAAAGCCAGCAGCAGCAGCUCAGAGCAACAAGUGUCCAAACCAGGAGAAGUUCCCUGUGACGUCUGCACUGGAACCAAACUGAAGGCCCUGAAGUCCUGCCUGGUGUGUCUGGUCUCCUACUGUGAGACUCACCUGGAGCCUCAUCUGACCAUGUCAGGUCUGAAAAGACAUCAGCUGAUCGACCCUGUGGAGAACCUGGAAGGCAGGAUGUGUACCAAGCACGAUAAACCUCUGGAGCUGUUCUGUAAGACCGACCAGACAUGUGUCUGCAUGCUCUGCACUGUUUUAGACCACAAGACCCAUGAUGUUGUUCCUCUGAAAGAAGAAUAUGAAGAAAAGAAGGCAGAGCUGGGGAAGACAGAGGCUGAAAUUCAGCAGAUGAUCAAAGAGCGACAACAAAGGAUUCAGAAUUUUAAACGGAGAGUCAACUCCAGCAGGAAAAAUGCAGAGUCAGAGAUAGCAGAAGGUGUUCAGGCUUUCACAGCUCUGAUAGAGUUCAUUCAGAGAGGCCUGAAUUACCUCAUUGAUACAAUUCAAGAGAAGCAGAAAGCAAUAGAAAAACAGGCCCAAGCUUUCAUCAAAGAGCUGGAACAGGAAGUCUCUGAGCUGAUGAAGAGAAGCACUGAGGUGGAGCAGCUCUCACACUCUGAAGACCACCUCCAUCUUCUGCAGAGUGUCCAGUCGAUGAAAGCUAUUCCACCCACCAGGGACUGGACAGAGGUCAGCAUCCAUCCAUCAACCUAUGAGGGGACUGUGGUGAGAGCUGUGGCUCAGCUGGAGGACACACUAAGUAAAGACAUGAAGAAGCUUGCUGAGUCUGAGCUGAAGAGAAUCCAGCAGUAUGCAGUGGAUGUGAGUCUUGAUCCUGAUACAGCACAUCCUAAUCUCAUCCUGUCUGAUGAUGGGAAACAAGUAAAUCAUGGUGAUGUAAAGAAAAGUCUCCCCGACAACCCAGAGAGAUUUUCUAAUUGUCUUUGUGUUUUUGGAAAGCAGAGCUUCUCAGAGCAGAGUUCCUCUUCAGGCAGAUUUUACUUCGAGAUUGAAGUUAAAGAAAAGACUAAAUGGACUUUAGGAGUGGCCAGAGAGUCGAUCAACAGGAAAGAGAACAUCCCACUGAGCCCUGAGAAUGGUUACUGGACUAUAGGAUUGAGAAAUGAAAAUAAGUACCAAGCUAAUGCUAACCCUCGUGUCCUUCUCUCUCUGAAGUCUCCUCCUCAGAAGGUGGGGGUGUUUGUGGAUUAUGAGGAGGGUCUGGUUUUAUUUUAUGACGUUGAUGCUGCAGCUCUUAUCUACUCCUUUACCGGCUGCUCCUUCACUGAGAAGCUCUACCUGUACCUCGGUCCUUGUCCUAAUGAUGGUGGUAAAAACUCUGCCCCUCUGAUCAUCUCUCCUGUCAAUCGCACUGAGACCAAGUAGAACAAUUAUUUGAUUUCGUAUGUAAGCAAUUAGCUUUAAAUACAAGUACAUAUUAUUUGGUAAUGGUCACUGUAUUUUGGCUUUUUUUCUGAUUUACCUGCUUUUGGCUUUUUGGUAUUAUAUCAUAUUUCAACGCAUAUAAUCGGGUUUCGUAAGAUAUCGUAUGGAAACUUAUGCACAUCCAUCAAUAUGAUCUUCUACGAAUUUAGGUGUCCACCAGCUGGUCAUAUAACAACCUGGUUAAGUUUAUCGGCCUUUACAGUUCAAUUAAGCCAACAAAAGGUUACUAGGAGUGGGCUUCAGAGCACCAUGAGCUGUCAGUCGUUUUAGAGCCCGUUGCUAGUUGAGUUUAGCAGACAAAAGGUGACUUUGAGCCGGGUGAGCAGCAAAUCGUUUCAGCACAAAACGAGCGGCAUGCAGUGCCGACAGUUCACAAAAAAACACAGUGAUUUGGAUUAAAACACUCCCGGGAAACGACACGCAUUUCAUGUGUGAAAAUCAUAUGUGUACCCCAGGAUUCAAACUCCAUUCCCCAGGAGCAAAGCCCUUUGUUUUAGGAUCCCACCCAUCCAUCUUGACAUCACAGCACACCAAAGUGCUCUUAUACAGCAGCAGUUAAUGUGGUGCUUACAGUACAAAUAUGUGUUACACAUACGAAUUACAGUACUUUAGUAGUAGUAGUCAGUACUUUUCAUAGCUAUAUGAUAUGGCUGCACAAUUAAUCACAUUUUUAUACUAUACUUUUAAAUGAACAUUAUCGCCUGCAAUAUUGAUACUUAAAAUGCGUGCUCCACUCAUAAUAAAUUGCUGCAUAUCGAAUUAAGCGCUUCGUAGACUGACAGCCAGUGACCAGGGGGCAUUUGAGAUGUUUUUGCUUCAUUUUUGGUGAGCUGUCUGUGAAAAACUUUCCUGACUGUUGCAGCUGCAGUCCCGAGUAGAAGCGUAGCCUUGUUUUAAUUAUAUUUUAAGUCACAUGAAAGUGAAAGCAGUGCUCUGUUGAUUUAAGUUUUUAAGUUUUAGUCAAAUUGUAUUUAUAUGUUGCUUCUAGGAGAUGCACUGUAAAUCAGGACAUAAUUUGAUCCAAAAUAUUUGUACAUUAGCAGGAUUGUAGCUCAACAUGGAUGGAAAGCAGUGCUCUGUUUAUUUAAAUGUGAAAGUGCAAUUAAAAUACUUUGUCCCUAAAAUCAAUGAAUAAUCAUGAUCUCAAUAUUGAUCAAAAAUAAUUGUAAUUCUCAAUUUGGCCAUAAUCAUGCAGCCCUACUAUAUGAUGUAAGAAUGGUUAGUGAGAACAGCCUGCAUGUUUACCUUCAAUGUAGUCUAUAACAACAACGUUUCUUUUCCGCGAUUGUUUAGGUGCCGCCGGAAAUUUGGCCGGAUGUCCCUCAUUUCGGCUGGAUAUUUGUCCCCUUCCUCAGUCUCUGUGUUGGCGUUCAGGGUAAAUCCAGACAGCUAGCUAGGCUAUCUGUCCAAACUGAGUUUCAACCUUUGAAAGUACACGUUCCACCAAAACAAGGCUAUUUUGCAGCGGCACUGUUGCUCUGUCCGGUGCUGCCCAAGACGAUUGUGAUUGGUUUAAAGCAGGGGUCUCAAACUCGCGGCCCGCGGGCCAAUUGCGGCCCGUGGGACUAUAGUUUGUGGCCCCCGCCUUAAUAUGAAAGUUUAAUGUUAUGUAAUGGCCCGCGAGUUUGAUAUGUAUGGUACUUUACAGUGUUGUGUGUGGAGCUGAACAAACCUACCAAUCACGGUGGGGUAUAUGGCUCUCGGGGGCGGGACAUCGGCCGGGCUUGAUGCAAGCAGAGAAACAUUCCUCAAUGAGUGAAAGUUACAGCAGCGUUGCCAUGGAGUGUUUUCUUCCGUGCCUGGCUGGCUGCCUCGUUUCUAUUGGGCACACGCGGACAUUCAUCCCACCGCGCUGCGUUCACAACCCUUCACUUUUUUUAAGUUGCUGCCCAG